AUGUCCCUGAGCAGGGGCAUGAGGCUGGCAGACGGCCAGGUCACCCUGAGGGCGCCCCUCUUGCUGUUUGCACUCUGGGCAGUGCUGGCUCCUGUGCAGGGUUCUCAAGGGCAUCCCUCAUGGCGCUACAUCUCCUCUGAGGUGGUAAUUCCCAAGAAGGAGCUUCACCAUGGCAAGGGCGUUCAGAUGCCUGGCUGGCUGUCCUAUAGCCUGCGUUUUGGUGGCAAGAGACAUGUUAUCCACAUGCGACGCAAGAAACUGUUUUGGUCCAGACAUCUGCUGAUGAUGACUCAGGAUGAUCAGGGAGCCUUGCAGAUGGACUACCCCUUCAUCCCUCCAGACUGUUACUACCUCGGCUACCUGGAGGAGAUUCCUCUUUCCAUGGUCACCAUGGACACGUGCUAUGGGGGUCUUGAAGGUAUCAUGAAGUUGGAUGACCUUGCCUAUGAAAUCAGACCCCUCAGCGAUUCCCAACGGUUUGAACACAUUGUUUCUCAGAUAGUGUCAGACAUCAGUGCAACGGGACCUACUUAUAAACUGGGAUAUAAGGAGGAUAGGGACCCCCUGUUCUCUCAGAAAACUGCCAGUACAGCCCCCAGGAUCAAUAAUAGGAUAUUUUCAUCCCAUAAAGGCAUGAUAAGAGGAUUUGCUCAAAGUUCCAAUUCAAUGUAUCAUGUAUAUAAUAAUAUGACAUUGUGUAUAAAAUUCAUGAUAGAUAUGGUUAGUUUAAUAGACUCAAUGUACAAAGGUCUUGACAUAAGGUACCAUCUUACUGCAGUUCUUGUAUUUGAUGUUAGAGAUCCAGUCAACAUGAAUGAUUAUAGAAUUCCAGGUGGUGAAUACUACCAAUUCCACCAUACCUACUUGUACAAUGUCAUACAACCUAGUGCAUCCUUCAUUGUGGUUAAAGAUGGACCAGAAGAUUAUCAGUACAACCCUAGAAUGUUUGGCUUCUGCUCUUCUCAAAGCCUACAUAUGGUUGGUCACCUAGGCAGACAUUAUUUAUUGUUAGCUGUGGUAACAUCUCAUCUCUGUGGAAGAAGCUUGGGUCUGUAUUUUGAUGAUCAUGAUUGCAGCUGCCAGAGGAGGUCCAGCUGCAUCAUGCACAGAUACCCUGGGUUGACAGAUUCCUUCAGUAACUGUUCUUUUGUGCACAUUCAAAACAUGCUGAGUACUGAAAAGCAUUGCCUAUUUAGUGAACACCUGAAGUUCUUCAACGCAAGCCUGAUACACAUACGUUGUGGAAACUCUAUAGUGGAGGAUAGGGAGCAGUGUGACUGUGGCUCCUUCAAGGAGUGUAAUGCCAACCCCUGCUGUAGUAAUGACUGCAGAUUUGAGAGUACAUUUCUCUGUGAUAAAGGAUUGUGCUGUACAAACUGCACCUUCUCCGCUGCUGGGACGCUCUGCAGACCAAUCCGAAAUAUCUGUGACCUUCCAGAGUACUGCCAAGGGGGAUCUUCUGGCUGCCCUGAUGAUUUCUACAUGCAGGAUGGAACCCCGUGCAGUGAAGAAGGCUACUGCUAUCAUGGGAACUGCACUGACCGUACUAUGCACUGCAAAGAAAUCUUUGGUGCAAGCACUGUGGAGGGUCCAGAUGUCUGCUACCAGAUUAAUAAAAAAGGCCACCGAUUUGGACACUGUAGAAGAGAGUUUUCAGCCAGACGCUUUAUUCAAUGUCAUGACCGAGAUGUCAAGUGUGGAAGGCUGCAGUGUACCAAUGUCACUCACCUCCCUCGGUUGCAGGAACACGUUGGAUUCCAUCAGUCUAAAAUCUCAGGAGUCUGGUGUUGGGGACUAGAUGAACAUCGUGCCACAGGAACAACUGAUGUUGGUCAUGUGAGACAUGGUACCCCCUGUGCUCCUGGAAAGUUCUGUCAGAAUUCCCUCUGCAAUGCUACUAUAGGUGAAAUAAAUUACAACUGUUUGCCUGAGAAAUGCAAUCGUAGGGGGAUUUGCAACAAUAACAGAAACUGCCAUUGCCACAUAGGUUGGGAUCCUCCAUUUUGCAAAUUACGAGGUGCUGGUGGGAGCACAGACAGUGGACCCCCUCCAAGAAGAAUGCGGUCAGUCAGGCAAAGUCAGGAAUCCGUGGUAUAUCUCAGAGUGAUCUUUGCUCGAAUUUAUGCUUUAAUCACUACAUUCCUCUUUGGCAUCGCCACAAAUGUCAGAACUGUCAAGACAGUGAAAGUUAAGGAAGAGAUUGCUGGUGAAGGCAAUCCAUAA